UGAGUCAGUGGUACAGUUUGUACCAAUCUCUCUCGCCACCUGACUAACUGAGUCCUGCUCUCUCUCUCUCUCUCUCCCUCUCUCUCUCUCUCUCUCUCCAUUUUUUUAAGCUGUCCGAGGAAGCGAGUGCCGGAAACGAAAGAAACAGGAGAGAAUCGUGAAAUAAAAAAAGGAAGGAAAAAAUAACUAGAGAGGGAGACCGUCUCGUGUAUCAGAGAAAGUUCUGAUCUUGCUUCUGUACUUAAUGUUGGAAAUUAUUAUCUCAAUCUCCAUUCAUUUUUCAGUUGUACUGUGCUCUCCAUCGUUGAAAUCAUCUCUUCUUCGAUUCUCUCGAACGGAGAAAGCUCGCUCAGGAAUUGGUUUCUGAUUACGGUUCAAGAUGAAAUUUGGUGUUCGAAGAGCUUCUGUAGUUGUACAUUCUUUGCUUGGUUUUCGUGCUUGAUUCGUGGGUCGUUUCUCGUUUGGUCUGAAGCUCAGCGAGGUGGUUUUUGUUUAUUCUUUUAGUUUGGUUCUUUGUUUUCUUGCUUUAGUGAAACUGGGUUGAGAGGGAAAGAGAGGAAUUGGAGAUGUAAUUGCUGAGCUGGUUUUGUUGUGGUUGUGGCGAUAUUCUGGUUUCGAUGUAGUGGGUUUUAAUCCAUGGAGGUGCAAGAAGAGGGUUUGUGGUGUUCUUUGUUGGGGUGUAAGAAUUAGGGUUUAUUUUGAAGCCUUGAUGGCUGCUUCUUUCUCGGGUAUGUGGUGUGAUGAUUUGGUUUGAAUUGCUUCAGUUGAUUUCAUUGUUUUAAUGGAGUGUUUUGGAUGAUUUAGUAAAGAAAUCAGCAAUUGAAGGGAUGGUUGUGUAUUGUUAGUGCUGAAAUUCAAGGAAUAAGGAAGGGAAGAUUGAAGGGUUUAUUCAUUUGAUUAUUCAUUGCUGCUUUGAUGGGGAAUAAGUUGGUAAGGAGGCGGCAGGUGGUGGAUGAGAAGUAUACAAGGCCUCAAGGAUUGUAUCAGCACAAAGAUGUGGAUCAUAAGAAGUUAAGGAAGCUCAUUCUUGACUCGAAAUUGGCUCCAUGUUAUCCCGGAAAUGAAGAAUAUGCUUUCGAUCUUGAAGAAUGUCCCAUCUGCUUCUUGUAUUAUCCAAGUCUCAACCGCUCAAGAUGUUGCAUGAAAGGCAUUUGUACAGAGUGUUUUUUGCAGAUGAAACCACCUCAUACUACUCGUCCCACACAGUGCCCCUUUUGUAAAACAUCAAAUUAUGCUGUGGAGUAUCGUGGAGUGAGGUCAAAAGAGGAAAAGGGCAUGGAACAAGUAGAAGAACAGAGAGUUAUAGAAGCUAAAAUAAGAAUGCAACAACAAGAACUUAAGGAUGAAGAAGAGAGAAUGCAGAAAAAACGAGAGAUGAGUUCCUGUAGCAGAGUUAUGACAUUAGGGGAAGUUGAGUAUCAGGAUACAUCAGAAAUCUCUGUACCAGUACCAUCAUUCAGCUUUCCUGUAGAAGGUGAUAAUAUCAUGUCUUCUCAGAGCUCAUGUGCUGGGCCUAUAAAUAUACAAUCCUCACGCUCUAGGCAGAACAGGGAAGAUGAAUUUGACCUUGAUCUUGAGGACAUAAUGGUCAUGGAAGCAAUCUGGCUUUCCAUUCAGGAGAAUGAUGCCCAGAGAAUUCCGGCUCAUGGUGAUACAGCACACUCGGAACCAUUUGUGACAGAAGACCGCUAUUCCUCUCUGACUGAAGUCCCAUUAUCUGAAUCCUCAUCCCCUUCUAGUGGCCUUGCCUGUGCAAUUUCUGCACUUGCCGAACACCAGCGUAUAGAUGGGAAUUUGACCAUCACUACCAUGGGAAACAUUUCUGGUUUUUCCAUGCUUCCAGAGUCUGGUAGGUUGCCCAACAGAGAGGAGGGAGAAUUAGAAAAUGGUCCUUCUGGGAACUGGAUUGAUGUCUCAGCACACAGUGGGAGGGCGGUGUCAAGGGAGGAUGGAGAAUGGGGAAUGGAUAAUGGUUCGGAGGUAGCUGAGAUGGGGACUAGCUAUACCAGCUCUGUUGCCACUUUGGAGGCAGGGGGCAGUGCAUUGCCUCUCCAUGAUGGUGUUGAUGACCAUUAUCAGUCUAGCAUCAUGGCGCCAAUUCUGCCAGAGACUUUUGAGGAACAGGUGAUGCUUGCCAUGGCAUUUUCAAUAGCAGAGGCUCAGGCAAGAACAAGUGCACGAGUUGCAUGGUGGCAGCAUGACUAGCUGCUGAUGGUUCUCCUGCUUUCCUUUUAUUUUUCAACUCUUUCCUUGUUCCUUCACUCCCUUUCUCUUGUUUGGAGAUUUAUUUCUCCUUUCUAUGUUAUGUUCUUUGUGUU